UCGGCCCGUUGGGCCGUUAACCUUAACACUGUCCAAUCUUUUCCUCUCCUGUCUCAACUUCACCCUCACAAAUCACAAACCCAUCAACCUUUUAGAAAUAAAAUCACAAAAAACCAAGUAAAUGUGGAGAGAGAUCACAACUAAAAAAAAAAUUAAAAAAAUGUAAAGAGAGAUCAAAUUAUGACAGUAGCUUUACACAAGGGGCAAGUGUUAUUGACAUUGAGCCAAUUGUUGAUGCAGCGUGGGUGAUAUUGAUGCGCACAAUCAAGCUUCGCGAUUUCCCCACCCAAAUCGUCCAGGCAAACAACGCACACUCCAUCAUCAUCAAGAUCAACUGCGUGAUCACGCACUCUACUUUUGAUGUGCUUCGCGAUUCUCUCCUUUCGAUCCGCCGUCGACCUUUGAUUUUGAGGGACGAAUCGACGGCCCUGAUCGUGCGGGAGCAGGAAGACCGUCUCGUCGUCCUGUAGCAUCGAGCAGUCGUACCAAAGCGCCGCGGCGUGGCGGUGGCGGUGGCGGUUGCUGGAGCUAGCCAUGAAUGCAGGAGAUUAAUUAAUUAUGCGGAGGUGAUGUAAGGUUGUUGCUAUAAAUAUUCAACAGAAAGUGAGAUUUGAAUUGGAUUUGAAGCUUUUGAAGGAAGUGGAUAGACAGAGACAUACACAAUGAAGAAUUCUGCCUCCGAUCAGAGUUUCUACAUCGAAAGCGAGGGAGAUGACGAUGAGAAUUCAUACAAAGAUGGAGAUGGGAGUGAUUCCGAUCAUUCAAAUGACCUCAACGACGACGACGACAACAAUCGCGAGAGCAAGACGGGUUCUUUGAACCCUACCUGGCCUCAAAGUUACAGGCAAACCAUAGAUUUGUAUGGUAGUCUUCCAUCUCCGAGCCUUACCUUCUUGGGGCCACCAUCAAUAUCACAAUUGGGGAGCUCAUUCCUUUCGUCGUCCCUCAUCAGGAGGCACACUCCCGAUAGAUUACCUUCAUUUAUCAGGCCACUUCUGCCACCCGUAGAGGCUGAAAAACCCAAAGAUCCACGUGGUUCUUAUUAUAUGCCGUCACCUGCAAUCUCGAGGAAAUCCAGUUUGAGGAAAGCAGUCCUUGAUAAGAGAGCAUCAAUAGCACACGAGCCUCCAGUUUCUUACCAGAGUACAUAUGGGCAGGCUGUGCUAAAUGGCAUGAACGUGCUAUGUGGAGUCGGAAUACUUUCCACGCCUUAUGCUAUCAGAGAAGGAGGGUGGAUUGGGCUCGGUAUAUUAAUGCUUUUUGCGUGUCUCUCUUACUACACCGGAAUUCUCUUGCGCCACUGCUUGGACAGUCAACCGGGUCUUGAAACGUACCCGGACAUUGGCCAGGCUGCCUUUGGCAUUACUGGGCGAAUUUGCAUAUCCAUUAUUUUAUACGUGGAGUUAUAUGCCUGUUGUGUCGAAUAUAUAAUCUUGGAGAGUGAUAACCUAUCAUCUUUAUUUCCAAACGCACAUUUGAACUUUGGAGCAUUUGAGUUGAACUCGCAUCAUAUUUUUGCGUUAGCUACCACCCUGGCCGUUCUUCCUACUGUUUGGUUACGAGACCUGAGUAUUCUUAGCUACCUCUCUGCUGGAGGCGUCAUUGCAUCAACCUUGGUUGUCGCUUGCCUGUUCUGGAUAGGCACUGUGGACGGAGUCAAUGUCCAUGCUAAAGGGACAGCUCUGAACCUUUCCAGUCUUCCUGUUGCUAUUGGUCUAUAUGGUUAUUGCUACUCGGGGCAUGCCGUUUUCCCCAAUAUAUAUUCAUCGAUGCAAAAGCCCAGCGAAUACCCUUCUGUCCUCCUAACAAGCUUUGGUCUUUGCACGUUGAUGUAUGCUGGAGCCGCUAUAAUGGGAUAUUAUAUGUUUGGAGAUGAAGCGAAAUCACAGUUCACCCUCAACAUGCCUAACAAUUUAGUUGCAUCUAAACUUGCUGUGUGGACUACAGUUGUCAAUCCAUUUACAAAGUAUGCACUAACCAUGGCUCCAGUAGCAAUGAGCCUCGAAGAAUUGAUACCAUCCUCGAAUACCCAAUCCCACUUGUAUUCGCUUCUUAUAAGGACGUUACUGGUGAUAUCCACGUUGCUGGUUGGCCUUAGCAUCCCCUUCUUUGGUCUGGUGAGCGCGUUGAUAGGAUCCUUUCUCACAAUGCUAGUUACAUUGAUUCUUCCAUGCGCUUGCUAUUUGAGCAUCCUACGAGGCAAACUGAGCUUACUCCAGAGGGUGAUGUGCGUGUUGGUAAUUGGGAUAGGCGUUGUAGCUUCUGCGAUUGGAAGCUAUUCAGCUCUGUCUAAAAUCAUCGAUAGGUUGAACUGAUGAUGGAAGAUGUGGUGGUUCGUUGAGAAUGCUAGUGUUGAUGAUUCAUUUGAGGCAAUUUGUACUGUAAUAUGUUUUGAUCAGUUGCAUAAAAAUUUUGAUUGCAGAAAUAUAUUUUCAUUGUAUACACAAUAGUUUGAUGCUAGGAAGAUCUUAUUUUACCUCUCAUUCUUAAUCAUAUAUAUAUUGUUGACUAA